GUCUGAGAAAGUCAGCUAGAAAGUGUGUGUGUGUGUGUGUGAGUGUGUGUGUGUGUGUGUGUGUGUGUGUGUGAGUCAUGGCUCACGCGGCAGCUCACCUGAAGAAGGCUCGUGAGUUAGAGCAGCCUCCUGAGCUCAGAGCGAUACAGAAAGCCAGGGAGAGACGUAGACGACACAGAGAGAGAGCAGAGCGCCAACGCCAGUCUGACAGUAACACUAGUUUCCUGCGUGCUGCGAGGGCGGGGAGCCUGGACAAGGUUCUAGAGUUCCUGAAAGACGGAGUUGACAUCAGUACCUGUAACCAGAACGGUCUGAAUGCGCUGCACCUGGCAGCUAAGGAGGGCCAUGAGGACCUGGUGGAAGAACUACUGGAGAGAGGCUCUGCCGUUGACUCUGCUACUAAGAAAGGGAACACAGCCCUUCACAUCGCCUCACUGGCAGGACAGAAGGAAGUAGCUAGACUGCUGCUGAAGAGAGGAGCCGACAUCAACGCCCAAUCACAGAAUGGCUUCACUCCUCUCUACAUGGCAGCUCAGGAGAAUCACCUGGAGGUGGUCAGAUACUUGCUGGAGAAUGGAGGGAACCAGAGCACUGCUACUGAGGAUGGGUUCACCCCCCUGGCCAUAGCCUUGCAGCAGUGUCAUAACCAGGUGGUCUCCCUCCUCCUGGAACAUGACACCAAGGGCAAGGUGCGGCUGCCCGCCCUGCACAUCGCUGCCCGGAAGGAUGACACCAAGUCAGCUGCCCUGCUGCUACAGAAUGACCACAACGCUGAUGUUCAGAGCAAGAUGAUGGUUAACAGAACUACAGAGAGUGGGUUUACCCCCCUGCACAUUGCUGCUCACUAUGGCAACGUGAAUGUCUCCACCCUCCUGCUCAACCGAGGUGCUGCCAUAGACUUCACCGCCAGGAACGGGAUAACUCCUCUCCAUGUGGCUUCUAAGAGAGGGAACACUAACAUGGUAGCUCUACUGUUGGACAGAGGAGCUCAGAUAGAUGCCAAGACCAGGGACGGCCUCACCCCCCUGCACUGUGGAGCGCGGAGCGGACAUGACCCCGCCGUAGGACUGCUGCUGGAGAGAGGAGCACCUAUACUGGCUAGGACCAAGAACGGUCUCUCCGCCCUCCACAUGUCGGCCCAGGGAGACCAUGUGGAGUGUGUCAAACACCUGCUGCAGCACAAGGCGCCUGUUGAUGAUGUCACCCUGGACUACCUGACGGCGCUGCAUGUCGCCGCCCACUGUGGUCACUACAGAGUCACCAAGCUGCUGCUGGACAAGAGGGCCAACCCCAACGUCAGGGCACUGAACGGGUUCACUCCGCUGCACAUCGCCUGCAAGAAGAACAGAGUGAAGGUGAUGGAGCUGCUGGUGAAAUACGGAGCCUCCAUCCAGGCCGUCACGGAGUCUGGUCUGACCCCUAUCCAUGUAUCAGCCUUCAUGGGUCACCUCAACAUGGUGCUGAUGCUGCUGCAGAGCGGAGCCUCGCCUGACGUCUGCAACAUCCGUGGUGAGACAGCGUUACACAUGGCUGCCCGUGCUGGUCAGAUGGAGGUGGUUCGAUGUCUCCUGAGGAACGGAGCUCUGGUCGACGCCGUGGCAAGAGAGGACCAGACCCCCCUCCACAUCGCGUCCCGUCUGGGGAAGACAGAGAUCGUCCAGCUGUUACUGCAGCACAUGGCUCAUCCUGACGCCUCCACCACUAAUGGAUACACUCCUCUACACAUCGCUGCCAGGGAGGGUCAGUUAGAGACCACCGCUGUGUUGCUGGAGGCUGGGGCUUCACACUCACUGGCUACCAAGAAAGGAUUCACUCCUCUACAUGUAGCAGCCAAGUAUGGAAGCCUGGAGGUGGCAAAACUCCUCCUGCAGCGCAAAGCUAUGCCCGACGACGCCGGCAAGAACGGUCUGACUCCGCUGCACGUGGCAGCUCACUAUGACAACCAGCAGGUGGCGCUGCUGCUGCUGGAUAAAGGGGCGUCGCCCCACGCCACCGCCAAGAAUGGCUACACCCCCCUCCACAUCGCGGCCAAGAAGAACCAGACGUCCAUCGCCUCGUCUCUGCUGCAGUACGGAGCGGAGACCAACGUCCUGACCAAACAGGGGGUGACCCCUCUACACCUGGCCUCACAGGAGGGGCACAGUGAUAUGACCACUCUCCUGCUGGGCAAGGGGGCACACGUCAACACUCCUACUAAGAGUGGUCUGACCCCCCUCCACCUCACGGCUCAGGAGGACAGAGUGAAUGCAGCAGAAGUUCUGGCCAAACGUGACGCUAACCUGGACCAGCAAACCAAGCUCGGCUACACCCCUCUCAUAGUUGCCUGUCACUAUGGAAACGUAAAGAUGGUCAACUUCCUCUUGCAGCAGGGUGCCAGUGUCAACGCCAAAACCAAGAACGGUUACACUCCGCUCCACCAGGCAGCGCAGCAGGGACACACACACAUCAUUAACAUCCUGUUACAGCAUGGAGCCCUACCCAACACUACCACUGGGAAUGGGAACACUGCUCUGUCCAUUGCCAUGCGUCUGGGUUACAUAUCUGUCGUUGACACUCUGAAGGUCGUCACAGAAGAGGUCAUCACCACGACAACGACGGUGACAUCAGAGAAACACAAGAUGAAUGUUCCAGAGACCAUGACGGAGAUACUGGACGUGUCCGAUGAGGAGGCUCUGAGGCAAAUGGAGGACGAGCCGUAUACUGAGAUGUCUGUGGAUGUAGAAGGUGAGGACACUAUGACAGGUGACGGAGGGGAGUACCUGAGAGCUGAGGAUCUGAGGGAGCUGGGAGACGACUCUCUACCUGGACAAUACCUGGACGGAUUCAACUACAUGAGCCACAACCUGGACAGGUCCAACCAGACCCCUAUCCACCAGAGAGAUGGAGUCCUGAUAGAAGACAUGAUCACCAGCCACCAGGUGUCGUCUCUGUCCAGAGAGAAUGAGAAGGCGUCGUUCAGACUGAGCUGGGGAGCAGAGCACCUGGACAACGUAGUGCUGUCAUCUAGCCUGCUACACUCUGGCCAAUCCUCACCGUGCCUAGACCAUGACAACAGCAGCUUCCUGGUCAGUUUCAUGGUGGACGCCAGGGGCGGGGCCAUGCGUGGUUGCCGCCACAACGGGCUGCGCAUCAUUGUGCCGCCCAGGAAGUGUUCUGCUCCGACGCGGGUGACGUGCCGCCUGGUGAAGAGGCACCGCCUGGCGUCCAUGCCCCCCCUGGUGGAGGGAGAGGGGCUGGCAGGACGCAUCAUAGAGGUCGGCCCCACUGGGGCACAGUUCCUCGGUAAGCUCCACCUUCCCACGGCCCCGCCCCCUCUCAAUGAGGGAGAGAGUCUGGUCAGCAGGAUACUACAGCUGGGGCCUCCUGGCACCAAGUUCCUGGGGCCGGUGAUUGUGGAGAUCCCCCACUUCGCGGCCCUGCGGGGGACGGAGCGGGAGCUGGUGAUUCUGAGGAGUGAGAUGGGGGAGAGCUGGAGGGAACAUCACUGUGAGCACAGUGAGGAGGAACUCAACCAAAUACUGAACGGCAUGGACGAGGAGCUGGAUUCUCCCGAGGAGCUGGAGAAGAAGAGGAUUUGCCGUAUCAUCACCAGGGACUUCCCACAAUACUUUGCGGUGGUGUCGCGCAUCAAGCAGGACAGCCGACUGAUUGGUCCUGAGGGAGGGGUGUUGAGCAGUACCCUGGUACCUCAGGUCCAGGCUGUGUUCCCAGAGGGUGCUCUCACUAAGAACAUCAGGGUUGGACUACAGGCUCAGCCAAUCGGCGUAGACCUGGUGAAGAGGAUUCUGGGUAACAGGGCUACGUUCAGCCCCAUCGUUACCUUAGAGCCCAGGAGGCGGAAGUUCCACAAGCCAAUCACCAUGACGAUCCCUGUCCCCAAGAGCUCGAGCAACGACGGGACAGCCAACGUGUUUGGAGGGGACACGCCCACUCUGCGUCUGCUCUGCAGUAUCACUGGUGGAACCACUCCUGCCCAAUGGGAGGACAUCACUGGCUCCACCCCCCUCACCUUCAUCAACCAAUGUGUGUCCUUCACCACCAACGUGUCAGCAAGGUUCUGGCUGAUAGACUGUCGUCAGACCCAGGAGGCUGUGAGUUUCUCUACCCAGCUGUACAGAGAGAUCAUCUGUGUCCCCUACAUGGCCAAGUUCGUCAUCUUCGCCAAGACGCUGGACCCCAUCGAGGCCCGCCUCCGCUGCUUCUGCAUGACGGACGACAAGAUGGACAAGACCCUGGAACAGCAAGAGAACUUCACAGAGGUGGCCCGGAGUAGAGACGUAGAGGUGUUGGAGGGGAAGCCGAUCUUUGCAGACUGUUUUGGGAACCUGGUUCCUCUGACCAAGAGUGGACAGCAUCACGCCUUCAGCUUCUACGCAUUCAAAGAGAACCGCCUCGCACUCUUCAUCAAGAUUCGUGACAGCGCCCAGGAGCCGUGUGGCAGACUGUCCUUCACCAAGGAGCCCCGCACCUACCGUAGUCUUACCCACAAUGCAAUCUGCAACCUGAACAUCACGCUGCCCACCUACUGCAAGGAGUCUGAUUCAGACCUGGACGCAGACGACGAGAGUGACAAGAGUGACAAGAAAUACGACGAGACGGAGUCGACAGACACUUACACGCUGCCGACCAAUCAGGUGCUAGACCCAGCCAUGCUGGCCAGCCCUGACCUUCUAUCAGAGGUCUCCGACAUGAAGCACGACCUCAUCAAGAUGUCUGCCAUCUUGACGACAGAGCAAACUGAACACCCAAGCUCUUCGGAUAGAGGAAGAGGAGGAGGAAGAGGAGGAAGGACAGGGAUGGAGGAGGAACCCAGAGAGCCGUUUGAGAUCAUGGAACAGGUGAAAGAGGAUCUGGAGAAGGUCGGAGAGAUUUUACGAGGGGGAGAUACUAGAUUCACAAACAACAAAGAGAACGUACUGCAGAUGUCCAAAAUAGAGGACAAGGACUGGGUUCUUCUCUCUCAGACUAAAGCCAAAGCCAUGACUCCCUCUGAUGUUCAGGAGCCGGUACUACAAGAAGUCAGCAUUCAGAGGAAGACCUCUUCCACAGUGACCAAAGAGGUUAGAGAUAUGUCAGGUAUGGUAUCUCACCUCAGUGGGGACAUGAACCAGCACCUAGAAGAGAGACCUGCCAUAACCAGUGGCCCACCACAGGACAGCAUCGUCCAGGAGAGGUUUGAUCAGGUCGAUCUGAAGCGGGAAGGUAAACGCCAUCCUCCUGAGAUCAAAAAGCCGAUCAGGAAGAAGCUGAGGGACAGGGAACGUUCUGGAUGCAGCAGCUCCGAGGGAGAGCUGGAGAGGAUGAGCUCUGAGGAGUCCCUUGAUGGGGAUAUUGUUCUGGGGGAGCCGAGGCCGGGAGUGGUGCCUGGGUCUGAGCCUGGAGUGGUGUCUGGGUCUGGAGUGGUGGUGUCUGGGUCUGGGUCUGGAGUGGUGUCUGGGUCUGGACCGGGAGUGGGGCCCGGGACUGAGUUAAAACCGACUGCAACCCUGGAUUGGGAUGUCGUACUGGGGAAGUGUGGGCUCGGGUCUGGGUCUGAGCCUUGGUCUGGACCUUCUGGACCAACCCCAGCCAUGGAGCCACCAGUGUCGCCCCUGGUCGUGGAAACCCCAAUCGGGUCCAUAAAGGACAGGGUGAGAGCUCUGCAAAAGAAGGUUGAGGAAGAGGAAGAGGGGGAGGAUGGCCGUAAGCGAAAGCCUGCGCAGGCUCCAGUCCCUCAGACCACAACUUUCAUCACCAUCACUAAGGAGACGGGUGAGUCCCAGAUGCCAGAUCUUCCCAAGCUUCCCAGAUCUCCGAAAUCCCCCCGGUCUCAGACGGAGAGGCUGGAGGAGACAAUGUCAGUCCGGGAGCUGAUGAAGGCAUUCCAGACUGGCCAGGAUCCUUCAAAAAACAAAACAGGGCUCUUCGAGCACAAAGCCAUGACUUCAUCCACAACCUCCACAUCGGGCUCCGAGGCAGUGAUCUACAGUGAGACCUACAGAGCUGAACCCAGUCCCACAGAGCAUCCGCCAUCAGAAACUCCAACUUCCACAAUCCUCUACCCGCAGAGUGAUGUCCUGCCCCUCGACAACAAAGGGGCAGAUGAUGAACCACACCUGAUCUUAGUAAGGGACCACUCUGAAGACUCUGAGAUAACUCAUGUUAUGGUUCAGUUGCAGGAGUCAGCGACUAACAUCAACAGAAUACAAUCAGAGGACAGAGGGAUCCCUCUAGACAGGGCUCUACCAAAGGAUGGAGGGAUCCUCCUAGACAGGGCUCUACCAGAGGAUGGAGGGAUCCUCCUAGACAGGGCUCUACCAGAGGAUGGAGGGAUCCUCCUAGACAGGGCUCUACCAGAAGACGGAAGGAUCCUCCUAUAUAAGGCUCAACCAGAGGAUGGAGGGAUCCUCUUAGAGAGGGCUCAACCAGAGGAUGGAGGGAUCCUCCUAUACAGGGCUCUACCAGAGGAUGGAGGGAUCCUCCUAUCCAGGGCUCAACCAGAGGACGGAGGGAUCCUCUUAGACAGGGCUCUACCAGAGGAUGGAGGAAUCCUCCUAUCCAGGGCUCAACCAGAGGAUGGAGGGAUCCUCUUAGACAGGACUCUACCAGAGGAUGGAGGGAUCCUCCUAGACAGGGCUCUACCAGAGGAUGGAGGGAUCCUCCUAUCCAGGGCUCAACCAGAGGACGGAGGGAUCCUCUUAGACAGGGCUCUACCAGAGGAUGGAGGGAUCCUCCUAGACAGGGCUCUACCAGAGGACGGAGGGAUCCUCCUAGACAGGGCUCUACCAGAGGACGGAGGGAUCCUCCUAUCCAAGGCUCUAUCAGAGAAUGGAGGGAUCCUCCUAGACAGGGCUCUACCAGAGGAUGGAGGGAUCCUCCUAGACAGGGCUCUACCAGAGGUCGGAGGGAUCCUCCUAUCCAGGGCUCAACCAGAGGAUGGAGGGACCCACCUAGACAAGGCUCUACCAGAGGAUGGAAUGAUCCUCCUAGACAGGGCUCUACCAGAGGAUGGAGGGAUCCUCCUAGACAGGGCUCUACCAGAGGAUGGAAUGAUCCUCCUAGACAGGGCUCUACCAGAGGACGGAGGGAUCCUCCUAUCCAGGGCUCAACCAGAGGACGGAGGGAUCCUCUUAGACAGGGCUCUACCAGAGGAUGGAGGGAUCCUCCUAGACAGGGCUCUACCAGAGGACGGAGGGAUCCUUCUAGACAAGGCUCUACCAGAGGAUGGAGGGAUCCUCCUAAACAGGGCUCUACCAGAGGACAGAGGUAUCCCUCAAGACAGGGCUCUACCAGAGGACGGAGGGAUCCUCCUAGACAGGGCUCUACUAGAGGAUGGAGGGAUCCUCCUAGAAAGGGCUCUACCAGAGAAAGGAGGGAUCCUCCUAUCCAAGGCUCUACCAGAGGAUGGAGGGAUCCUCCUAGACAGGGCUCUACCAGAGGAUGGAGGGAUCCUCCUAGACAGGGCUCUACCAGAGGACGGAGGGAUCCUCCUAGACAGGGCUCUACCAGAGGAUGGAGGGAUCCUCCUAAACAGGGCUCUACCAGAGGACAGAGGUAUCCCUCAAGACAGGGCUCUACCAGAGGACGGAGGGAUCCUCCUAGACAGGGCUCUACUAGAGGAUGGAGGGAUCCUCCUAGAAAGGGCUCUACCAGAGAAAGGAGGGAUCCUCCUAUCCAAGGCUCUACCAGAGGAUGUAGGGAUCCUCCUAGACAGGGCUCUACCAGAGGAUGGAUGGACCCACCUAGACAAGGCUCUACCAGAGGAUGGAGUGAUCCUCCUAGACAGGGCUCUACCAGAGGAUGGAGGGAUCCUCCUAGACAGGGCUCUACCAGAGGAUGGAGGGAUCCUCCUAGACAGGACUCUACCAGAGGACGGAGGGAUCCUCCUAGACAAGGCUCUACCAGAGGAUGGAGGGGUCCUCCUAAACAGGGCUCUACCAGAGGACAGAGGUAUCCCUCAAGACAGGGCUCUACCAGAGGACGGAGGGAUCCUCCUAGACAGGGCUCUACCAGAGGACAGAGGUAUCCCUCAAGACAGGGCUCUACUAGAGGAUGGAGGGAUCCUCCUAGAAAGGGCUCUACCAGAGAAAGGAGGGAUCCUCCUAUCCAAGGCUCUACCAGAGGAUGUAGGGAUCCUCCUAGACAGGGCUCUACCAGAGGAUGGAGGGAUCCUCCUAGACAGGGCUCAACCAGAGGAUGGAGGGAUCCUCCUAGACAGGGCUCUACCAGAGGUCAGAGGGAUCCUCCUAUCCUGGGCUCAACCAGAGGAUGGAGGGACCCUCCUAGACAGGGCUCUACCAGAGGACAGAAGGAUCCUCCUAUCCAGGGCUCAACCAGAGGAUGGAGGGAUCCUCUUAGACAGAGCUCUACCAGAGGACAGAGGAAUCCUCCUAGACAGGGCUCUACCAGAGGAUGUAGGGAUCCUCCUAGACAGGGCUCUACCAGAGGAUGGAGGGAUCCUCCUAGACAGGGCUCUACCAGAGGAUGGAGGGAUCCUCCUAGACAGGGCUCUACCAGAGGUCGGAGGGAUCCUCCUAUCCUGGGCUCAACCAGAGGAUGGAGGGACCCUCCUAGACAGGGCUCUACCAGAGGACAGAAGGAUCCUCCUAUCCAGGGCUCAACCAGAGGAUGGAGGGAUCCUCUUAGACAGGGCUCUACCAGAGGACAGAGGAAUCCUCCUAGACAGGGCUCUACCAGAGGAUGGAGGGAUCCUCUUAGACAGGGCUCUACCAGAGGACGGAGGGAUCCUCCUAGACAGGGCUCUACCAGAGGACAGAGGAAUUCUUCUAUCCAGGGCUCUACCAGAGAAUGAAGGGAUCCUCCUAGACAGGGCUCUACCAGAGGAUGGAGGGAUCCUCCUAGACAGGGCUCUACCAGAGAAAGGAGGGAUCCUCCUAGACAGGGCUCUACCAGAGGACGGAGGGAUCCUCCUAGACAGGGCUCUACCAGAGGACGGAGGGAUCCUCCUAGACAGGGCUCUACCAGAGGAUGAAGGGAUCCUCCUAGACAGGGCUCUACCAGAGGAUGGAGGGAUCCUCCUAGACAGGGCUCUACCAGAGAAAGGAGGGAUCCUCCUAGACAGGGUUCUACCAGAGGAUGGAGGGAUCCUCCUAGAUAGGGCUCUACCAGAUGAUGGAGGGAGCAGCCCAGAGAUGAUGCAGCUGGAGGAACCAGAGAUGGGACCAGACAGGAGGCCUUCUAUAGAGAUGCAGAUCAGCCCGGACAGGAAACCCUCGGAGGACUUCAGCUCUGACAUCAAGGCCGAGCUGGAGGACAGUCCAGAGUACCAGCUGUUCAGACAGACCUCGUCCACUGGGGACGACAACCACCCCCAGGCUGAAGCAUCCAAGGAGGAACUCCCAGCAGACCACCCCAACGACAACCCAACCUUCAUGUUCAGCCACUCUAUGAACGACGACGGGCGGGAUGAGUUAUUUACUAAGGCUGAGAACCUGGUGGGGGAUGAAAGCCCUGUGAGUCUGAAGCACGAAGGAGCAGCGGACUCUCCCGGGACUAGCGUAGGAACCAGGACUACCCAUUCAGGUACGGGGGAGAGUGAGAAACACCAAGGGUUAUCAGACACCCCACAGAUGAGCCCACUCACAUUCCCCACUCAGGAGGUAGACAUGCCCACAGCUGAUAAAGAGACAGAAAUAAUGGAUGGGAAGAAGGUACUAGGAGAUGUGAUUCAUGGUGAUGAAGAAAUCUUUCCAGAAACUGAUGCUUUAGUCGUAGAAACCAAGCCUGUUCAGGAACCGCUGUUACAAGAAGUAAUGAUCCAACGGAAGACCUCCCCCAGACCAGUUACAGUGGUGAGAGAUAUGUCAGGGAUGGAGUCACUCCUCAGUGGAGAUAUUGAUCACUACCUAGAAGAGAGAUCUAUGGUAAUCAGUGGUUCACCACAGGAUGACAUCGUCCAACAACAGAAUUUCAAACAGGUCAUCCUGACCAGGGACGACAAGCAACAAUCACUAAUGUUCUCCACUAAGGAGGUAGACGUGUCUACAGAAGAUACAGAGGCAGAAACAGAAGACUGGUGGAAAGUGGAAGACAUGGACGAUGGUGGCGCUCGUGGUACCGAAGCGAUAAUCUUGAACCCAGUUCAGGAACCGAUGUUACAAGAAGUCUUGAUCGAAAGGAAGACAUCCCCCAGACCGGUCGUAGCAGUUAGAGAUAUGUCAGGCAUGGAGUCACUCCUCAGUGGAGAUUUAGAACAAUACCUAGAGAGACCUGUAGAUGUCAGUGGUGCGCCGGAGGACGACGUCGUACAAGAGAGAUUUGAACAGGUCGUGAUUACACGGGAGAGGAAAAGGGAAGCACACGCGUUCUCCACUGAGCAGGUAGACCGGUCCGCAGUACAUGAAGUGACAGAACAAGAUGUGGUGAAUGUAGUGCAAGCAGGAGCCAUGGAGGAUAAUGCCGUCUGUGGUGAUAAAGACUUAAUGCGUAGUUGUUCAGCUGGGGAAGCAUCAGAAAGUUCAGCUACUACAGUGACACGUUCAAGAGACUCAAGGAAGGUUACCUUUGACUUUCAAAGGGCGUUUGAUUCAGUGCUCCCCACUCAAGCCUCCGAAGACGAUGACCGGGUCCCUGUUGGGACAAGAUCCAUCUUAGAGGACUGGGAUUCCUUAGAGAUAAAACCAUCGUACCACAAAACUACAGAAGUGUCAUACUCAAACCUAAACAUGCAAGACCCGAUUUCAGCAGACAGAAUUACUCCUGAAUCUAGUUGGGUCGCACCAGAGAUCCAUGAAAGGGGUUCAGCUGAUCAGGAAGUGGUGCACAGCCCAGACGGUAUGUGUCAUGCCCUCAGACCUGCAGACUUACAGGUCCUCUGUCCUUUGGCCCUGGGACACCCAGAGAGACGACUUUCCCAUGAGGAUUCUCUGGAGAGCAGUCCUGUCAUGGAGGAAGGUUCCUCCAGGAAGUCCCCUGACUCUAUAGAGCCAAGCCCAACCGGGGACUCCCCCUGCCCUGACUCACUGGAGAGCAGCCCCUCUGAACCGAAACGAGACACAGGCUUUCAGGCGACAGAGAAGACAGCUGUGUAUGAAGACUACUACUCUCAGCUUAGAGCCUGUCUUGGUGAGGACCACGUUAGCAACAUGGAGAAUGAGGAUUACUCCAAACGGACCUAUCAAAUGGAAGGUGAGCGUGAGGGUCCCUUCCCAUUGAAGAGGGAUGAGGAGGUGAGUUUUGACCCCAAAAAGCCAGACCCUGAGUGCCUCUCCAUGCCCUUAAAUGUGAGCUCACACCCUGAGGAUGAUGUGGAAGACGUGGAUGCAGAGGGCAGCGAGACCGGCCAGAGACAGUUCACCCCAGAGGAGGAAAUGUUCAAAAUGGCCACCAAGAUCAAAACCUUUGAGGAGAUGGAGCAGGACUCCAAAAUGAAGACAGACAGGAAACACUUAGAAGGCUCUGUGUUAUCAGACCCUGAGGAUUAUGAAGAAUGUCAGUCGAUCGUUGACCUGAUGGGAAGGGAGGCGAAAUCAACUAAGCCCAAAACCGACGCCGAUUCGCUUCAGUCUGAAAUUGAAACUGUGGCUGAAAUCCAACCCUCAGCCCCUGGUGCAGUAACUGAGUUGGAUAGUUCAGUUCACUGCGAAGCGCACCUACCAUACAGUGCCUCAGGACACUCACCAUCAGGAAGACAGGUCUCUGAGCACCUCGACUAUCGUUCACUAAGCACUGAAAAAGAACAAUGUACCACAGAGAAUAUCAGUGAGAAUAUCAGUGAACGUACUGAGCAGGAAGAUGAGAUAGAUGUAAUGUCAGCUGUUCAAGCACCCGAGGAGGAGACGGGUCAGUCAGUCAAACCAGAGGUGUUAUGCACUGACGAUGAAAGCUUAAAGGAGGCGGAGGAGGAUGUGGAUGGUAAGGCAGCCAUGUUGGACAUGCAUCAUGAAGACAUGCCUGUUCAGGGAGAGCUGGUCCCAUGGAGUGCCAUGCCAGACGACAACGACGACGAUGACGAUGAAGCCUUCGACGCGCGUGUGGAGGCGGAGGAACAAAGGAUUAUGGGUCUCGUGGAAGACUGCCCUACCCCUGACACCACACCGGGUCGCACACCAAGCGAGGGGGGCACCCCCAACCCCUUCCAGUUCCAGGAAGGGAAGUUCUUUGAGAUGACCAGAGGGGGCGCAAUCGACAUGACAAGGAGGAGCUUUGAAGAGGAGGGCGAGGGCUAUGCCUUCUUCCACAUAGGAGAACACCCAGUUGACCAGGUCCUGUUCGAGGACGCUGGAGAUUACGCUGGCCCCGAUGUUCUCAUAACAGAACAGGGUAUUGCCGUUGCUGAUCUACACCUCCAGGAGGAUGAGGAUCAAACCAAAGAUGAUUCUGACUCCUCCUUCCAGACUAUACCAUUAGCCGAGGCUGGUCAGAGGGGGAAACCAGUGGCCAAACCCAGGACCUUCAUCAAAAUGGAGCCAAAAGCUGAAACAGUCCCCCUGCUGGAAGCUAAGAUGGAAAGCUCCUUAGAGGUCCAGAUAGGUUCUCUAGACCCGACUAUAGCUGACCUCCAGAUGUCCACCACCACUACUACUGUCACCCGCUGUGUGUACUCUGAGCAGGUCCGCCAGUCAUCCGACUCAUCCCUUGAGGAUGAAGAAGUGGAAGAGGAACAGCGCUCUGUCAUUGAGAUGCCCGCUGCGUAUUAUGACUCAGUGGCGCCCCCUAUUGUCCUGGCAGGGUCUGACACCUCAGCUGCGGCUGACACCUCAGUGGCGCCCCCUAGUGUCCUGGCAGGGUCUGACACCUCUAAUGUCCUGGAAGGGUCUGACAUCUCAGUGGCACCCCCUAGUGUCCUGGCAGGGUUUUACACCUCAGCAGACGCUGUGGCUAAGGAUGAAAGCAGUUUCAAAUCAAAGAUACCCGUCAAAGCUGGCUCAGUGAAAUCAGACCUGGGGCUUGAGCAGAAAUCAACAGUGGAGAAAUCUCUCGAUCAUGACCGGAGGACGAGGUCCGAGGAGGAUUUUGGAGCCGGGAAGAAAAUCUUAACUGACAAAGACAACAGGAGUCACUCCGACAGCGACCAUCCUACAACUAAAUCCAAACCUCUCACCUCCAGACUCCCUGUCAUGGGCAAACACAAACCCACAGCCCGCUCCUCCUCCUCCUCUUCCCAGCCCGACAGAGACCAGGGCUCUGACAUACGAGAGCUUUCCCUCCGAUCAUCUCUGGACGUCGACGACAUCAGUAGCAGCGGUGAUCACAACAGUCCAGAUUCUGUUAUCUUCAAGUACGACAGCCCAACGCCUCGCAGUUCUGCCCCAGACACGAGGGCUUUGCCGACUCAGACACGGAUUCGACCUUCCUCGGUGACGGGGGAGGUGUUUGAGUCGAGACCCGUCUGGGAAGACUCAGUGGAGACUCAGAUGCAGCGAAUCUCGGGUGAUCGGACCCCGGAGCGGCAGCAAGUGGAUUGGCACGACGAUGCAGACAGGAAAGAGGAGACGUUGGCCAUCAUUGCAGACCUGCUGGGUUUCAGCUGGACAGAGCUGGCGAGGGAGCUGGAGUUCAACGAGGACGAGAUCCAGGGGGUGAGGAUAGAGAAGCCUAACUCCCUGCAGGAGCAGAGCCAGGCUCUGUUGCAACGCUGGGCUGAGAGAGAGGGAAAACAUGCCACCGAGGACAGCCUGAUAAAGAGGCUGACGAAGAUCAACCGGAUGGACAUCGUCCACCUGAUAGAGACACAGAUGAACAAGUCAGCACAGGAGCAGACCUCCAGGACCUACGCAGAGAUAGAGAAAACUCUGGACCAAAGUGAAGUGUCUGUAGCCCUGUCCUCAGUGCAGGAGGAUGUAGAUAGCCCCAGACUGGUGAGGAGGGCGGACUCUUCCCCCAGACCGCCCCCAGCCGUGUCAGAGGAGGACCUAUCAGUAGCCUCCCUCCUGGACAUUCCUUCCUGGGCGGAGCCUAUGGGCCACACCCACUCAGAGAGCAUGCACGGGCUAUUGGAGGACCUGGAGAUCACAACGGAGCCGAGCGCCAACCCGUGGACUUCGGAGGACUUCGCCAUAACAAGGGAGUCCGCCGCCACCGAGCAAGUAAGUCCCCCUCUGAACGUGAUUGGAGCAGAAACGUGGAGACUAGCGUCUCAGGCGUACGGCCCCCAGUGCGAAACCAGAGACCAGCCUCAGGGCCUGCUCCACCCUCAAGUGGGUGCCACUGGGCCUCUGCCAGCUGGUGUUGACCAUAUGUCCCCGCCGGGACGAGGCGAGCUGUCGCCGGAACAGCUCAGGAUAUCGUCGCCCAUAGUGAUCAGAGACUUUGGUCUGAGUCUGUCAGAGUCCGAGCAGGCAGAGACAGACUUCAGAGAGCUCUGUGUUGGGUUUAGGGAGAUGCCACUGGACAGGGCCUAUGUCUCCUCCACCUCCUCCUCCACCUCCUCCGUCACCCUGAACCCUAAAACCAAAGCCAGGUUGUCCAGAGAGGCCAGCACGGAAAUAUACGACCACGGUCAUUUAGUUGAGUCUGACUGUAGCAACGCGUGUUCGCCUGAGAACCGUAGCCAGGCUUGUACGCCUCAGGACUGUAGCCGGAAAGGUCCGGAAAGUGUGGCCGUGGCUGAGGAGGCUGACCAGAGAACAGUCAUCUCUGAAAAGCACAUAGAAGAGACAACAGCUCGUUUCUACCAGGCCAUGUACGGCUCAGACCAAGUCCUGCAGGUCUCAAGCACUGAGAUGGUCCCCAAGCCCCACAGGUCCGAAGACCAGCCAGAGAAACGCCUGGAGCUGGCAGCUCUCAGAAAGAACCAAUCACAGAUGGAGGCACAGCUUCCGUUUAUUGACGAGCCAGGAGAAGGCUGUGCCAUGGCUCACUACAGCAUGGUAGAGCAAACCAACGUCCAAAAGGGCAUUGUCCGGCCGAAGCAAAGUCCGGCAACCAGCGAGUCCACUCCGAUGACAUGUGACUCACCUGACAGGCAACCUAGCUUCAUCACUGUCCGACCAGAACCCGACCACGUCAUGUUCAUGCAAGUUACCCCCCAGUCCCCUGGCCAAGACACAACACUGUAUUCACAUCUCACUAACUACAGACCUCUGACUCCUGAUUCAGAGAUGGAGUCCUUGUCACCUGACUCUCUACGGGGUCUCUCGCCCAUGGAAGAAGGGUUCAUUACCGUAACUAGACUAUCAUCACCUGAGUCCGUAAUGUCCGUUGGCGCCUACAGGGCGAUUUCGCCCGACUCCCCUCUCCGCGAGCGCAGGGUAAUGUCUCCAGAUUCUGCCAGGGCAUUCCGUGAAAGCAGGCCUCUCUCUCCCGGGUCGGAUGGGUCUAGAUUUUCAUCCGAGGUUAAAGCUUACAUUAUAGAGAUCAGAGAACCCUCAUGUUCUCCUUCGGAAAUAUACGAGGGUAAAAAGGAUUCCUGUGAUUCAGAGGCAGCAGAUAGCGCUCUUAGUUCCCUCUCUCCUUACCACACCGAUAGCAUCUGGAGUCCCCUCUCUCCUUACCAUUCAGACAGUGUUCUGACUUCCCUAUCCCCUGUGUCCUCUGAGGUGUUUUCUGAUGAAGUACGGUCCCCGUCACCAGAGUCGUAUGAAUUGUUGACCGAGAGCAGCACCCUGUCCCUUGACUCCCCAGUACCUGAGUAUGACACACCUGUACCUGAGACACCUGAGACACCUGUACCUGAGACUGAGAGUAUCGUGAUCCUAGGAGACUAUAGGUCACGGUCACCUGGUCAACUGUCGUGGUCAGCUGUGACAUCAGAGAUCGACUAUGCAGAGUAUUGGCUAGCAGAUCUGUUGUUCACUGACGGGAGAGCAUCCUCCCCAGA